UUACAGCCCAUGAAACGUGGAGCCCACCCAAUUCAUACUUCAUAGCCCUAACAGCGGUAGAACAUAAAAUUUUCAAUUUACAAUAAAGCUGGACUCCACUUGUACAGUUCAAGCUUAAUCUAGGAACCUUACGUUUUCGGUUUUUUUUUUUUCAACAAAGGGAGGAGAAAGACGAAGAUCAAGCUAGGCCCAAUCUCAAAUCAUCUUAUAUCGUAGUUCUACACACGAGCUGAAAGGUUCUCUUUUUUUGCUUCUCCCUCAAUUGACAUGGGAACACGAGAGGUAUACGAAGAAAAACUGAAGAGAGGGAAUCUCCAUCAUGAUCCAACAAUCAAACCUGGCCUCGGCUCUGCUAGAUGUCCUCGUUGUCUUUCUCUCUUGAACUCCAAUUCAAAAAGUGGAGAAUGGGCGAUUACUCCUGUUCUACAUGAUUUCACGGCUGUGGCUGGCUCUGGAAUUGGUGGACUGCUCAGUGCAAUUCAUGGUUUCAAUACAGGAAUUCCUUUUGUCCAGAGACACGUGAAGGGUCCAAAGUGGCUUCCAUUUGUUAUAGGGCUUCCUCCACUACUCAUUUUCUCUGCAGCUAGCGCGACAUUUGGAGGAUAUGCACUUCCAAGGUUUACUCAACUUACGAUGACUUCAUAUUACACUGCUUCAAGUGCCUCACAUUACGGAAUAUCAUUGCUUACCAGACGUAUUGAGGAGGCCCAUAUUUCUGGUGUUCAACCUAAAAGACUCAGCUGAUUGACUUGAGGCUGCAGGAGCGUGGGGUUAAAGAGAGAAUUUUAUGGCCUGACUUGCACAACAUGUUUUGGACCAAGUAUUUGACGCCAAGGGCAUUAGUGAUUUGAAGUAUUAACGGAGGGAAAAUAUGCUUAAUUUCGCGUAGUAUGAGGGUAUAUUUGGACCUUUCCCGAACGAUAUAUUGUAUCGGGGACAAGUUUCGUUAGUACUACACAUAAGAUGCGGGAACUAAACUUGCUUAGGGCGGGUGAAGAAGGGUAUCCAAUUGAAAUCUAUGCACCUUUUUUUCUUUCUAUUUUUCGCUUAGAUGUGACAUACUUAUAUCUUAUUUAUCAAAGUGAUUUUUAAUUGGUGAAUGACCA